AUGCUCCCACAAGAACCUCCAGCGUCGCCGCUAGCGCCCACACAAGUAGUAAACAACCAAACAGGUACUACAGCGUCGCUCAUCCGCAAGAAGCGCUCGAAAUUCCGGUCCAAGACGCGCCAGUCCGACGGCCAGGAUCGAUCCUUUAGUCUCGACCACGUACCUUGUGCCUUGCCGUCCGUGAGCAUGCAGCAGAAGCGCGAUACCCAUCACUCUAGCGUGUGUAUUACAGACUCUAUACAUUCAUCUUGUACGGACUCGAUGGACCGCGACUCUUGCAGCCACAGUGACGAGAGCAGUGAAAGUGUAGCCAUCCCACGUCGCCCAGGUCGACCUCACCCGAAUCGUGGCGCUCUUCGUUGCAAAACCCCUAACCGCAAAACAUUGUACCACCAUGCACCGGAUGCGUCAUCAUUGGCGUCGGUUCAACCGGGCAGGUUUCGGUACUUGAAACCAGAGGAGAUUCAGAGUGGGCAAGUGGCUGACUAUGACUUUGCAGUGAUUGUGAACCGUGUCGUGCAGCUGCCUAAUUGCGUAACGAGAGCUAUGGAUUGUUUCGGCUGCUGCUGUUGCGGUGCACCAGCUGUUGAGACUACGGUUGGGGGUCCUCGUAGUAAUCGGGGAUGUCUAGACAGCAUUGCAGACGCGUCGCACGAACGCUCGGGCUUUCGACGACUGUGUCGAGCUAGUUCGCAGCACUUGAGUGAAAGUGAAGACGAACACCGGAGAAUUGUCACGGAGCUGUGCAGUCAAGGACUCGAAGUGGAUAUCAUUGAUGGAGGAGAUUCAAAGGGGAGAUGCAUUCAGGGUACCUCAUUCUGCUGGUUCGGGCACCAGAUCCAGUGGUCAUGUCGUUGGUGA